ACACACCACCCUGCCCCGUCCUGGCAAGUCCUCCGGGCUGGUCUGAGUGGGCGCGUUCGGGUGGUGCAAACCCUGGGCACAUCAUGUGUCUUUUCUUCUCUGGCUGGCACUGAACUGCUGCUCACCAGAUGCCAGCAAUGAUGACACUCCCCCUCCUGGAUGCAGGACUGGCUGCCACUGUGGGGAGGGGUGACCCGUGCCACGUGCUCCCAGGACACUGGCUAGGGGGCCAUAAAGGACACCUUGAGAGAAGCUGGCACAGACUUGUUCAGACUCCCGGUGGCCCGCCGAGGUCGUGAGCAUAGAGCUCUGGAGAUGAAGACCCUGCUCCUGGGUGUCACGCUCAGCCUGGCCGCUGCCCUGACCUUCGCCCUGGAGGAGGAGGAUAUCACAGGGACCUGGUAUGUGAAGGCCGUGGUGACUGAUAAGGACCUUCCGGAGGAGAAGAGGCCCAGGAAGGUGUCCCCAGUGACAGUGACAGCCCUGGACCGUGGGGACUUGGAAGCCAUAUUCACCUUUAUGAGGAAUGAUCGGUGCUUCCAGAAGAAAAUCCUGAUGCGGAAAACGGAGGAGCCUGGCAAAUUCAGCACCUGUGAGCCUCCCCCAGCCCCACUGCAGGCGGAGAGCACCCAGGCCACCCUUCUACCAGGGUCCUGGCUCUGCCCACCUCGAGGAGGGGCCGGCCUCUCCUUUCUCAGGGGCUGGUGGCCCUGA